UAAAUAUAAAAGCACCAAAUAUUUCCUACCAAUUCUCAUCUCCACAGAAAUGGCUACAAUGUUGUGGGCUUUCUUUUUAGUUGGUCUUAGUUUUACACAAUUCCUUGCCAAUGUACAAGGACAAGUGGCCACACCUUCUACCUUGCCAACCACAACACCAGCUGCACCAUCUACUCUGCCAACCGCAACACCGCCUCCUACUACCACACCAGCGGCCCCAUCCAAUUUGCCAGUUGCAACACCGCCUACAACACCAUCUGCGCCAUCUACAUUGCCAACUGCAAAACCACCUGCUGCUACCACCCCAUCUGCAGCAACCCCCCCACCAAAAUCAUCCCCAUCUCCUAAAGUAGCCCCAACAAUAAGCCCAACCGUCCCACCCCCUAAAAUUCCACCACCACAAAGUCCACCUGUCUCAACUCCAACACAGCCACCGGUAUUGCCACCAUCUCUACCACCAGCUUUACCACCACCAAAAAUCUCUCCCACACCAGCCAAAGCACCACCAGUGCCAGCCCCUGCAAAGCAGACACCAGUACCAGCACCGGCACCACCACCACCUACAGCAGCACCUGUACCAGCACCACUGAAGGCAGCACCAGCACCAGCACCUGUACCAGUUACACCCGUUCCAGCACCAGUCUUGGUGCCCUCAUCUGCUCCAGCACCCACCAAACACAAGAAGAAAAGAAGGCACAGACAUAAGCACAAGCAUCAUCAUGCACCAGCACCAGCACCAGCAGCUAAUGUAACCAGCCCCCCAGCACCUCCUACAUUGGUAGACACAGAGGAUACAACUCCAGCACCAUCACCAAAUGCGAAUGGAGGACAUGCACUACAUCAGCAGGUAGGAAGGUCUGGAAGGUGGAUGACUACAGGAUUAGCUGUUGCCAUUCUGCUGGCUCUUACAGGAUAUAAUUCCUAGAAAUCUUAUGUGAUGAUGGACCACUGAUUUGCUGUUAUACUGAAAAGAGAUGAUUAUUUCAUACGUAUUACACAAGAUCAAUUCAAAGAUUGGUUAGACAGGAGUGAAUAAUAAGGAGACUGAGCCAUAUCAAGGUUUUGUAGUUCCAAUUUUUGAAUGGUUAAUGUUUAAUGAGGACAAAUUUUGAGUUUUA